UGACCCCUGACCGCAGAACACAGCCCCAUCCAUGGAAAACGAUCAGCCACUGAUCGCAUCUGUCCCUGGGCUUCCUGGGGUGCACGGGGCUCACCUGGCUGGUUCACUUUGGGUCCGUAAGCAGUUGUGGGCAGACGGUGGGUGGCUGGGGUCACUGCAAGGACGUCCCUGCGUCUCUGGCAGUUGAUGCUGCCUCUCAGCUGAGACACCUACCCAGGGCCUCUCCCCGGGGCCUGGGCUCCUGCUCAGCUUUGUGUGGAAGCUCCAAGACGAAUAUGCCAAGAAAGAAGAUACAGAAGCCGGAUGGCCUUCUAGGGCUGGCUUCAGAAGUCACCCAGUGUCACUUCUGCCACAUGUUCUUUCUUAGAAACAGGAAUAUCAGACCCCAUCUCUUGAUGGGAGGGGCCUCGGGGUUUGCAGACUUGUUCUGGAACUCCACUCCGCCCAGCCUUGGCUUCGACGUGUGUGGUGAGCCUGUGGGCUGUGAGGCCCCCCAAACGCAGACCUCAGACAGCAGCGUUGGCCUUCCAGAGUCUGGCACACGGGCCCACGCCAGGCCCAUUAGCACAGGGGUGGCUGUUCUGGGACUGUUCCUGGUGGACAGUGCUCCGCGCUCCAGGCUGACGCUGUGUCCCUUCCACUGGGACCCUCUGCUGGCUCCCAUGCACUUGUGCCCUCAAUCCCUGCUGCUGGAAUAAACUUCAUCUCCUGUGUUCUCAUUCUGCAGCAUGGCUGUUAGGGAACCGGGCGGUCUGCAGAGUGUCGCAUUGCCAAGGAUGGUCUACCCCCAGCCACAGACGCUGACACCAUGUAGGAAAGAUGUCCUUGUGGUGACCCCUUGGUUGGCUCCCAUCGUCUGGGAGGGCACCUUCAACACCGAUAUCCUCAACGAGCAGUUCAGGCUCCGGAACACCACCAUCGGGUUAACUGUGUUUGCCAUCAAGAAAUACGUGGCCUUCGUGAAGCUGUUCCUGGAGACGGCGGAGAAGCACUUCAUGGUGGGCCACCGGGUCCACUACUAUGUCUUCACCGACCAGGCGGCCGCGGUGCCGCACGUGGCGCUGGGGGCCGGCCGGCAGCUGUCGGUGCUGGAGGUGCGCGCCUACGAGCGCUGGCAGGACGUGUCCAUGCGCCGCAUGGAGAUGAUCAGCGACUUCUGCGAGCGGCGCUUCCUCCGCGAGGUGGAUUACCUGGUGUGCGCCGACGUGGACAUGAAGUUCAGCGACCACGUGGGCGUGGAGAUCCUGUCCCCGCUGUUCGGCACCCUGCAUCCCGGCUUCUACGGAAGCAGCCGGGAGGCCUUCACCUACGAGCGCCGGCCCCAGUCCCAGGCCUACAUCCCCAAGGACGAGGGCGAUUUCUACUACCUGGGGGGGUUCUUCGGGGGGUCGGUGCAAGAGGUGCAGCGGCUCACCAGGGCCUGCCACCAGGCCAUGAUGAUCGACCAGGCCAACGGCAUCGAGGCCGUGUGGCACGAUGAGAGCCACCUGAACAAGUACCUGCUGCGCCACAAACCCACCAAGGUGCUGUCCCCCGAGUACCUGUGGGACCAGCAGCUGCUGGGCUGGCCCCCCAUCCUGAAGAAGCUGAGGUAGGUGGCGGUGCCCAAGAACCACGGGGCAGUCCGGAGCCUGUCAGCGGCUGCCAGGGGCUCUGGGAGAGCUGCCGGCAUCCCUGUCUCCUUCCUGCCCCUGGUUUUAGCAGAACUGGUAAAGUCCGCUUCCUUUUUGCGUCCUGUUGAGAGUAACCGAAGCCUAGGUCCUGCCCCCACCUCAAAUCACACCCCCCUCCCCUCCCCGCCCCCGCCCCCGCCACAGAGGCACGAUUACAUACACAGACA